UGCCACUUCCUGAUGCUGUAACACGUGACAUUGUUCAGAGCUCGUGCAGUCUGCGCGUGCCCGCGCUAUCCAUUUCCUAAACAAUGAUGACUAGACACUUGUUUAAUUUAUUGUCGAAAAUGGACAAACUGAGGUACCAUCGAAUUGCCAGUUCUUCCACUCUCUCACCUUUGCACAUGAUACAAAGGUCAUGUAUGUCUACAAAGAGUUCUCAGGAGAGGAACAUUCUCCUCAUGGGUCCUCCUGGGGCUGGGAAGACGUCAGUGGGGCGGAUUUUGUCUCACAGACUCCGGAAGCCUGUAAUUGAUAUAGACGAUGAUGUUUUGGAAAAGACAUGGGGGAUGACUAUAGCAGAGAAGCUGUCCCAAGUUGGAGGUGAACGUUUUAUCGAUGAAGAGGGCCAAGCUGUGUGCAACUUCUCUGCCUCUGGAUGUGUGAUCUCACUUACGGGUUCGAACCCACUUCACUUGGACUCCAUGCGGCACUUGAAACGCUCAGGAAUCGCUCUCUAUCUGGACGUGGAUACUGAAGACAUAGUAGAGAGGCUGUGUAGAAUGAAGGUGAACAGAAUCGUUGGUCAGGGUGCUGGCAUCUCCAUGAGGGAGAUCUUAGAGUACCGAAAACAGUUUUAUGAGAAGUGGUUGGAUGCAAGAGUGUUUUGUGGAAGGGGAGACACUAUAGAGGAAAUAGCAGAAAAAGUUGUCAGGGUUCUAGAUAAAUAUCAGGACUCUGAAUCAGAGACCUACAUCUCCACCAGGAGCCAGAGACCUGUGUCAAACGGUGAUGUGAAGUUCUUCAGUGAUGUUGUCAUGGAGGGAUUAGCUCCCAAUGGUGGGCUUUACGUACCUAAUAAAGGAUUCCCAAAACUUGGACAUUCUGAAUGGAUAAGAUUAGUGGAUAUGUCUUAUCCUGAGCGUGCUUUAGUCAUACUUGAAAAGUGCAUACAUCCACUGGAUAUCACUCCAUCAGAACUUCGCUCAAUGGUUAACCGAGCCUAUGGGCAAAACUUUGCCAGCAAGUCAGUGGCACCUAUUAAGUAUCUUGCUGAGGAUCAGUACAUUCUGGAGCUCUUCCAUGGUCCCACUGCUUCCUUUAAAGACCUGGCACUUCAGUUAAUGCCGCAGCUCUUUGCUCACUGCCUUCCGCAGAUGUGCAACUACUUGAUCCUUGUGGCCACAUCUGGGGACACAGGAAGUGCAGUACUUAGUGGGUUCAGUAACCUCCGUGAAAGUGACAGGCAGCGUAUUGGAGUGCUGGUGUUUUUCCCUGAGGAAGGUGUUAGCAUCAUUCAGAAACUGCAGAUGACUGGUUUCAAGGGGGACAACACCAGGUCUGUCAGCAUCUUCUCUGACUUUGACUUCUGUCAGAGCACCAUCAAGGGGAUGUUUGGUGACUCGAGGCUGGCUAGCCACUUUGCAGUGGAGUACGCCACUGUUCUUAGCACGGCUAACUCCAUCAACUGGGCACGGCUGCUUCCCCAGGUGGUCUAUCACUCCUCUGCUUACCUAGACCUCAUCAGAGAUGGUGUUGUGAAAUUUGGGCAACCCAUUGAUGUAUGCAUCCCCACUGGAAACUUUGGAAAUGCCAUGUCUGCCGUCUAUGCUAAACAAAUGGGCAUCCCAAUAAGAAACAUCAUUUGCGCCUCUAAUCAUAACUGUGUCGUCUCUGAUUUUAUCUGCACUGGUCAGUACGAUCUCCGAGGUAGGAAGAUCAUGCUGUCAAUUUCUCCUGCUAUUGACAUUCUGAAAUCUUCAAAUCUUGAACGGUUUUUGCAUGAUGCAUCCAGCGGGGAUGGUGAGCUCAUCCGGGACUUGUUUGUAAACCUUGAGAAACAGCAUCACUUUACUGUGUCAGAGAAUUUAUUAUGUAGGAUACGGCAGGACGUGCAGGCAGGUUGGUGCUCAGAGGCUGACUGCCUGACUACUAUUCACGAAGUACACUCCAAAACAGGCUACGUAAUGGACACUCAUACUGCCGUGGCGAAAUCUGUAGCUGACCGGCUGCGUGACAAGAUGUGCCCAGUUGUUCUGUGUUCCACUGCACAUUUUGGGAAGUUUGCUCCAGCUGUUCUUAAAGCUCUACACUGUCCUGACAUCCCACAUGAGCCUCUGAAGCAGCUGGAUGCACUGUGUGCUAUUGCAGGCCAAGAACGAAUGCAUAAAACUCUGUAUGAGAGUGUAAGAGAGAGAGCAAGUCAUCCACAUACAGUUUGCCAGCCUGAUUUCAGCGUUCUCACAGAUGAGGUGGAGUCCAUGAUACGGGACUCAUUUAUGAAGGUCGGGUAGGACAUGGAUAUUAGGGCUGUCAGGAUGCAGGCACAAGAAGUGAGGAGCUUCAGCAUCUCCUAGUGGCAACUGCUGGGGCUGCAGCUUCUCCAAGUCCCUUUCCAGCACAAAAACCCCAAUGACAUCCAAAACGCAUCUAAAAACAAAAUGAUCAUACCUUGUACAUUAAAAACAUUGAGGUAACAUGUGAUCAUGUGUGGGUGGAGUCAAAGAGGAAUACUAUUUUUGCCCAGUCCCUGUCUAAUUGUGGACUCUUGAACGCUGACCUAAUCUCAGGCAGGUGGGGCCUGGACUAACUUAGAUUUUCAGCUGGGUUCAUUAUGACUCCCAGGAUGAUUCUUCAGUGUGCUCUUGGAGGAAUUUUGUUCAGCUGGUCAUUCACCAUGGCUGGCAGUCAUCAAGGCCUGGUAUAUCUAGUCAAAUUGAAUUAAAAUAAAAUUAAAUUUAAUGAAAAUAUUGAACAACUAAUUAUUGGUAAAUAAUUAAAUUUAUUGAAAUAAAAAGUAAGAAUUAUUUAUGUAGGGGACCAGUACAUCUAGCUUCAUGAAUUCUGUAUUUUUUCUCACUGUUCAUCUUAUCCUGGAAGUCAGCGACAGCAGUGUAAUUGAGAUCUCACCGUUAUAAUCAACACACCUCGCUGUUCAUCUGUUCACUUACAGUUGAUUUUUAUGUGCAAAUCUACCAUACAGCUUUGUAUAAAUACAUGAUUUAUUUGUCCUGGGUGGAGCACUCGGUUUUUGGGGUUCUUUGUUGGUCCUGUAGAUCCUUGUUCCGUGGAAUUUAUUGCUAGUUUAUUUUUUUCCUUUGUUUUUCGAGUUCAUAAAAACAAAUACUUGUCAUGUGAGACACCUCCAAUCUAACAUUUAUAAACCCCCACUGAUCUUGAGAUGCUCUGCAUUUUCACCACAUGCUGAUCUGCUCUUAGAGUUUUUAUUUUUUUGCAGGUCUUUUAAAGGACAAAGGACGUAUCUGUUACUUUCAAUUUAUGUCACUUAUGAAGCUGAUUGAUGUGUUUAUCACAAAUUAACAUUUCUGCUGUGAUGUAAGUGUUCUGGCAUAAUCACUGGAAACAACUGGUGUUUCAUUUCAGUGAAGGUUUUUUUUUUUUUAAUAGCACUUGUAACAGGGAUGAGAGUUUUCCGCUUUUCGGCGGAUUUCCGCUUUUUCUGAGUAAAAACCGACCUUUUUAUAUUAUGCCAAAUCCGUUGAGAAUUUUUUUUUAUUAAUUGAGGGGGGUUUGGGUAUGUUCCUUCAUGCUGUUCAAACUUAACUCCAACGAUGUUUACACAUUAUUUGUAAGUCGCCAUCUUUAGUCUCGUUUAAUGUGAUGCAGACAUCCUAACCUGCAGAAACUCAUUUCAGGGAGGUGUCGUGACACCUUCUGGGAGAUUCACCCCCCGCUGAUGGGGAAAAAAGUCAUGCGGCAUGACUUUUUUCCCAUCAGCGGGGGGAGUUUCUGCAGGUUAGGAUGUCUGUAAACCAGUCAGGAUGCUCUUUGUCUAGCAUGCGCUAGACAGGCACACACGCAGUCUCUUUCGCUCUCCCUUGCGCACUCCGUCAUAUGUGCGAUGCAGACAUUAAUGUUUCUCAGGGGUGCCGCUAGAAAUCUUGGGCCCUAUGAAAGAUUACAAUUUAGGGCCCCCUCCCGGUAAAAUUUUCAAGCGCAAGCAACUGAAUUUGAAGUCUGUUUUUGGCUGGCACUUCUACUUUACUAUGCAUGUGAUCAGCUACCUAGCAAGUUUAGGUGAUACAAUUAUUUGGUAUAUGAACAUUUUAAAUGCAGAACUGUCAGAAUUAGACUGAAUAGACUGUUGCCUGGGGCGGCACGGUGGUGUAGUGGUUAGCACUGUCACCUCACAGCAAGAAGGUCCGGGUUCGAGCCCUGUAGCUGACGAGGGCCUUUCUGUGUGGAGUUUGCAUGUUCUCCCUGUGUCCGCAUGGGUUUCCUCCGGGUGCUCCGGUUUCCCCCACAGUCCAAAGACAUGCAGGUUAGGUUAACUGGUGACUCUAAAUUGACCGUAGGUGUGAGUGAAUGGUUGUCUGUGUCUGUGUGUCAGCCCUGUGAUGACCUGGCGACUUGUCCAGGGUGUACCCCGCCUUUUGCCCGUAGUCAGCUGGGAUAGGCUCCAGCUUGCCUGCGACCCUGUAGAAGGAUAAAGCAGCUAGAGAUAAUGAGAUGAGAUGAGACUGUUGCCUUAAAAUGAAAAUUCCAUGGAAGAUAUAUAUUUUUUUCUUUUAUGAGCAACUAUUAUUAGGCCACUCAGUAGCCUAUGGAGUUCAGUCAAUCCAAAUGUUUGUGUUGAGAGAAAUUGCAUGCAUCACUGUAUCAGUAUGGAUUUAUAACAUUCUGUAUGCACAUUAUGGAUACUCCAGAGCCCUCCAGCAAACAUCAAUAAUCAGGAUUACAAAAUGUAUUCCUUUGUUUCCUCCAUUUAUUGACUUAUUGUAUGUGAUCAAAUGUAUGCCUUGAUGAAUAACUACACUAGUUUUUUGAUACAAUUACAUAGUGCACUGCAAGAAAUCCACUAAGUGUUUUUGGUUUCUUUUAGGCAUCACACAUUUAUUAGAAAACACAGCAAAUCUUCAAACAUUCAAGUUAAAUACUUAGCAACAGUAUCAAUAAAUCCAUACAUGAACAAUAGCAAUGAUA